AUGGAGACACAUCGCGAGUCUAGGACCGCCUCCUUCUACAGAAUCCCGCCUCUGCACAUGGUCAGCGUGGAGCACCCUGCAGUGAUCCGCAAUCUCGAUAAAGCCGUCGCGACUUUGCAAGGCAACACCGGCAUCGAGAAGAUGCUGAACCCCACCAAGGCUGAUACUUCGGUCAAUUUGAUGCUCAGGCCGGAAGAUGCCUUGUCACGACCCAUUCAGUCAACAAGCUGUCCAUCAAACAAUGUUCUCCUCAAAGUAACCGUACCCAAGCGGACGGGUCGAAAGCGUAAGAGAGGGACGAAUGACCCCUUCGUUGAUGCUACCCCAGAGUCUGCGGGAGAGCAUGUGCGGCGGCGGCCCGCGAAGGAAAUCAUGCGCAGCCUAAGUGAUAAUCCCUCGAAGUACAGAGUUGAGGCCAUGGGAAAGAUCGAACGGACUCAUGUGUUUCGAGGUAUGCCUGAUUUUGUCUACUCGACCGCGAGGAGUGCCUUCAUCAACAAGUUCCGGGAGCAGAUUCUCCCCUAUGACUUGGAGAAAAUUAAGCAGUUCGAUAUUGAUAUGAGCAAAGGCGCCACUGUGAAUGUGGAUCUCAUCCCCCCGUCUGCCUUCAGCCAAGGAGAUGUGCCAUUCCAGUACAUCUAUCGCCAAAAUCCAAUGGUCAAAAAGGCCGUCGGCCAAUCCGGCGAGGUCACAACCGUCAACACCCAACAAGCAGCCCGAGUGCGCACUCAUCUAGUCGCCUACGACAUCCCCGAAGUUCCCACCGAGCCUCAAGAAGGUCUCGCCCCAAUCGAGGAACUCGAAAAUGGCCUUCGCGCAACCAUCCAAGUCCUCGAAGAACUCUUCGAAAGGCGGCCUGCCUGGACUCGCCGCGCAAUCCGCAACUACCUCACCACCGACGAACAGCGCAACAACCUGCGCCACGCCAUCCCCUACGUUGGCUACAUCUUCCGCUCCGGACCCUGGCGCGACGCCAUCAUCAAAAUGGGCCAUGACCCACGCACUUCCCCCGCAUACCGCGACUAUCAAACCUUCAUGUUCCGCAUUCUCCCCCGCGAACCAGAACUCGCCCGUGACGGCGGCACCGGCCGUCGCCACAACAUCUCCCGUGUAAUCGGCGACGAGAUGAAUCAAUCCUCCGAACUAACAGACACACACAUCUUCACGGGCCAACUCCCCCUCCCACGCGACGGCCGUAUCUGGAUGGCCUGCGACAUAACCGAUCCCAUCCUAUCAAACAUCCUCUACCCACCAAACCCGCCAGAGGACUUCCUCCGACCAACCUGCGAGAUCAUCACAGACGGCUGGUUCGGCAACGGCACGCUGGCCAAAGUCAAAACGAUCAUGCGAUACAAAAUUCAAACACUCAUCGAGGACCGACAACCGCACGACUCGGACUUUCGGCGUAUCAUCGCGUUCCCGGAUCAUGCGUUCACUGAGGCGGAUUUGGCGCUGUAUACGGUUCCGAUGGAGGGGACGCUUAGUCGGGAGGUUACUAUGGCUACGGAAGUGCGGGCUUCGAUUAAGGGGGCGCCGCUUUGGCGGAAGAUGCAUGAUCGGGGGCGCGGGGAUUUGGAUGGGGAGAAAAUGGGGGCUUUGAAGAGGGCGAGGGGGAAGGGGAAGAAGAAUAGGGCUGUGGAGUUUGAUGUUGAGAGGGAAGAGGGACAUGGAGAGGAGGAUGAGGUGGAGGUGGAAGGGGCUGGAGAUGGAGAUGCCAAUGAAGAGGAGAGUGAGAGUGAGGGCGAGGAAGAGGAGAUGGAGCGUGUGGAGAUGUGGGAGGAGCAGGCUGCUGCUGCGGUCAAGGCUCGAGAGGCUGCGUUGGCUGAGGAGGAUGAAAAUGGAAAUGGAAACGAGAACGACGAUGAGGAUGAAGAUAGUGAUGAUGACGAGGAUGAUGACGAGUGA